AGUACUUCACAAGACAGUGUACAUUACGGGACACAUAAAAUUAAGCAUUUUCCUAGACAUGAUAUUUCAACAUAACAGUAAUUCAGUGAAGAUAGACACAAUAUGUGCGUCUUUUGUAUAUUUUUCUGUUGUUAUUCCUUUUUACGAGUAGAAGAACCUUACUGCGACUUGUUUAAAAGGCAAGUCCUUGUCCCAUCUAGCUAACUAAAACCAUUUUUCCUAUUCUACUCUACUGACGGCAAGCAAGCACAAUCAUAAACAUAAGCGUAUGAUUUUGCUUUACGCAUACGUGCCCGAUUUGAGCAUUUGGCAGACGGUAGCAGGUCUGUUCGAGUUGCCAUACGAUCUGGUCGAGCAUAUCUCUACAGCAUCUUGCGUCUCCUACGAAACGAAAAAAGAUCCAAUGCGAGCAUCGUUGUCAUGGCGUCGUGCUGUGAAAUGUUAGGAGGAAACGGUGAAAGCACCUCACAUGACAGUAGACGGAACAAAAAAAUUAUCACGCAAAAAAAUAAGAUGUCAUACUAAAGGAAUCCCAAACGGUACGAGGAUUGCUAUGGCAAUUCCAGUGUGCAGUUGUAUUAGUACUAAUCGCAAUCACCUCUGUCGUUGCUUGCCAUUUUAGCUGAUCAGCCUAUUGAGCAAUUGUGGUUACCGAGGAAACUCAGUCGAAGAAUACGUAAGGCCCUAGGCCCGGAAACGGACACCGAUGGCUGGCAUCGUCAUAUGUCCACUUUUGCUGCCGCUUCCGUUCGGUAUGGCGGCGUCAUUCUGGGAUCUGCUUCCUAAAGAUUGACCGGACAGUGGUCGAAUUACGGAAAUGUUCGGAGGAUGUCAAAGAUGUCAGAACAGGAGCGACGCCCGAUGGAAGCGAAUGUUAACGCAGGUACUCGAGAGAUACAAUGGCUAUUAUUGCGUCAUUUGUCUUUCGGUCAACAGCAUUGUCGACUAUAGUUCUGCUACUGGGAGAAUGAACUGGUCUUUGUCAUCACCGGUUCUCUGCUCGGGCACGAUUGAUUUCUACUGGCAGUACCCGCCAUGGACAUUGUCGCUCUUUUUGUACCACAUUUCUUCCCCGCUUCGCUCGAUGCGCCAUGAGAUAUCACUACGGGUAGCAGUAAUAGUUCAGCGUUUAACAAAGUCGCUUCGACUACAGUCGCUGGAAGAGGCAAAACUUUCGUUUCUCUUUCCUGAACUCAGCCAAACCCUGGCUCGUUGCUGUAUGCCAGCAGUGGACAAUGUUCGAUUCUCCACUUGCGUUCGAUACUUCGCGUUACUUUCAUCGUUGACCAUUCGGGCGACAAUUCAAAUAUGAAAUAUAUCGAAUGAACAGCGGUUGGGGCGACUUUCGGCUGUGCUGGUGCCCCCGAUGCUCUUUAUGUGAUCUCUGACACAAUGAUGCGGAAAAACGAAAGAAUAUCGAAACUAUCCUUCAGAUCCCCCGAUAGAAGGCGUCAGUGUCCCAGUGUUUCAUUCCCCUGGUCCAGCAUCACUGCUUUGUUAUUUAUUAUCAUCAUGUAAUAAUAAGAUUACACCAUUAUCGUUAUUGUUAUAUUUGCUAGUAGAUACACUAAUUGAGUUCUAUUAUGUAUUUCAACAUGCUGACUAAAACAGUUCACGAUCUAGUUAUUUUUAAAAUGUCGAAUUUUUAGGCCUGCGAUGAUACCCGCUUCACGUUUGUGUAGUAAACUUAUGCUCUCAUCCGGUGCACUUCCCUAUCGUUCCAUGAACACUGCGGCGCCCUGUUCGCUCAAAGUGAAUGUUUUGCCUUCGCUCAGGCCACCCCCGUUAAGGAUUGCACAUACGGCAUUCUCUAUAACCGAUCGCCUCCUUAAUUGAAAUGAGAACAGACGUUCCGCGCGUUUAGCCCCCUAGACCUUUAAUUUCCGCAACCAUUACGCGCAGCCACUUUUCUUCUGGUCUAAGGGCAUAUGGCAGGGUGGACGUGGAAGCGUUGUGCCGCUAUAUAGUUUUCUGUGAUCAUGCAUGUUAAUUAGUAUUUCCCGAGUGACAAUGCGUCGUUGCUGUUUCCGCUGGACUUGCGUAAUCCGCAACAGCGCGGUGUUGUUAUUGGCCAAGACAGAAGCCCGUUGACGAGUACAUAUCCAGGAACACCUGCACCUACAUAAUGUCUAAUAGUGAUCUCGUUCGGAAAGGAUCUGCCCCGUAUAUUCUCAUAACACUGGCCACCUAAAGUCCUCCUAAGUUUGUAAUGGGCGCCACCAUAUUUUGCAUCCGACGCGCUUAACUUGUUCCGUAUCACUUGAAUGAACCGAAUCUAACCGAUGCUAGCGCUGGGGUCUCUGGCUUGAACGCAGCUCUGCCUACUACAGGCCCAGAGACUUGAUCUACUAUGCACGCUGGCUUCUCUGACGACGGUUCAGCUUCUUCUAUGCCCCGGUGCGUUCAGGUGCGCAGGCCUUUCGGGGGCCGUAGAGCCAGACGGCGAUGCUAGAAUCAGAUACACAGGGGUGAUUUUUUUAAGGUCUUUUAGGAAUGUAUCAAAACUGAAACGGUUCUGGCAAAGCUUGCAGCCCGGCCAGACCAGACUGAUAUUACGAUAAUGAAAGCAAUCUUGCGAAAUACUAUUACGACAAUUUUGUUUUAUUUUUCCAUUCUGUAUGUAAGCGAAAAACCUGCCACGUCGAAAACUUCAGGACACCUAUCGAACGACGUUACUAAACUGUAACUUCAUGUUCAUUUAGCCGGUGAAGAGUAAGGCGAUAUCGGGAACAUGUGAUUCGAUUGUGUUUAUCCUAACCUAAGCUGUAAAGUUAAUGCUUACGAUUUUGUUUCCACAAUGAGUUUACUACACCCUAGUCUACAGUAUAGUGACCUUUAAUUUACAUCUCAAGAGUUCGCGUACGUUUAGACAUGGCUUCAUUAUCUUUUAUUGGGUUAACCUUAUGACCGGCGUAGCUAAAUCAGCGAUCUGACAAGUCGGCCAUGGUAAUGGCAUAUGGUCGGGAGAACCCGAACGUAAACUGAACAUCGCAACCGACAAAAGCAGUCGCGCAAUCAUAGAAGUUCACGCGCUCAAACCGAAACGGAGCGCUAGCGAUAACCGAGAAAUUCUUUGACCCUUUAACAAUGUUGUACCGCAAGCAGUAAACGCUUAUGGCAAUAUACCCAGUGCCCAGGGAUUUGCCCACCAUCAGCUGCGACUGUUUUUCUUCUAUUACUAUUACUUUCAAAGACAUUGCUUUCUUAAGCUCUAUAUAGCGCUAACCAUUGUGCUGUGUUUACUGCGGGAACAGAAUCUCGGGACUAAGCUUGGCAACUAGGCCAUAUGUAAAUGAAUUUUUUUCUAUAUAAUUUAUUCAGAUAAAUGUUUUAUUAUUACUGUAAACUUGGACUUCGGAACUGAGCAACAAAGAUUAUCCGCAAUAUUUUAUAAUACCUUGAUUGCAUUCCUUGAGAAAACAGUAUUAGGCGAACAGGCCUGGCACGAUGUGAUUCAGCGAAUUGGCUUAAGGCUCGUCUGCUACAUGGCUUUUUUGAAUUGCUGUUAUUUUUUUUACUGCUUUAAGAUAUUAGAAGAAGCACAUCUCCGGCAUAGAAUCAUUAUAGAACUCUUUUACCCUUUUUUGUGCCAUUCUCAAUAAACAUGAUAUCAUGGUAAAGGCAGAUGGUUUUUUAUAUUUUCCACGAAUCAUCUGCGGUCACGUACUUAUCUCUAUUUUAAUUCUCGACUUUUUUCGGUAACCUGUUCCCUUUCUGUUCGACAUGCUUAGUAAGGCCGAUCUGAACAACCUUGCUACCAUGACACUUGACAUUAAUCGUUAUGUCAGAGGAAAGAACAGAGGUGGACAAUCGUUGUCGGUGGAAUCAGUACCCAGUGGAUCAGAUCGAUGAUACAAAACGAAAACAGUUUACCAGACUCACUGUAAUUGCUCAAAUACUCGAAGCACAGCUACAGGGAGUGGAUACGACACACUGUAACAUUAAUAUUAAACGACAGUAAAAAUGCAUUUUUCACUUAAGUGACGCCUCUCAGAAACGCUCUGAGCCCCCUGUACAAUUUAUCUUAUUUAUGUAAACAAAGAGUUUACUAUUAUUACUAUUAUGUAUGUUUCUGUGUGAAUGAUCAACGAAUGAAAAGUACUGACUACUUCGAAUUUGUUCGAGUAAGAAGAAGAAGAAUGGAGAUCCCAUGGUCCAUAACCAAACGUUUGCUGAACGACUUCGAAAUUGAAAGUAGUUGAUUCCUAAAAACUCAGCGUCGGCGUCCAACUGGACUUCUUGACGGUCACAUGUAUCGUUGCAUUAGAGUUUUACAGCUGUGCACUCUAACUCACAGCCACUUUCCUAGACGUAGACAUCUCGGUGACGGUAUGUGGCUCUUUUCGUUUGGGCGCCGGUAAGCCAAGAGGCCGAAAAAAUGGGUCGCCGCGACGGUCACACUGGUUCGGAAGUUUCGCUCGUGGAACACUAAUUGCCCGCAGGUGCUACUCCAACUCAGUUCCUUCCGUAUGAAACAGAGUUUGGCGUCUUCGCCCGUACCACACAUUCACGCGGUCCUUCUUCAGGGUAUCCUCAUCUUUUGGGCAAUAGGACGCUGCUGGAUUCUGAACACAGCGUUUUACUAACAAUAUAUUGGGUGUAAGUGAAGUCAUCGAUGCGGCAGCUUGAUGCUGUCUGAGUAUGUCAGCACCUUGCGCUCAGAAAAAGCAGAAGCUCGUACGCUUGUGUUUGCGUGAUAUUUGUUACCCCAAUAAACAACUAUUCGAGUUUAAAGAGUCCAAGCUUCUGCUGGAGUUAGACAGUCAGUGAUCGCGUCACAGUUUAAUUUAUAAUAGAAGAUUUGCUACUUCGUUCGUUGAAAACAUUCCUUACUGUUCUGAAUUGGUAUUUCCAUCCGCCAGUCAAGGCUUGUCUGUUGGUGGAGAACGGAUAUUGCGUUGGCCUCUGACAUCAGACUUUCGAUCCGGAUCGAACGAGGUUUUUACCUUACUGUUUACUAAAUACCAAUACGUAUGCGAUCUUCAAAAGAAUUCUUUCACGAGCGAUUGCCGAUUGUCGAAUACGAAUACGGAAAGCGUAGCCUAUUGAUCGACGAAUGUUCACCUAUUCAUAGGUCCAUUUAUGCAUACGUUUUGCUUCUGAGCCGCCAGCGGGUCGCGAUUGUCCGCACUGAAGUAUCUUCCUUCCUUCUAUCCGAUUGUUUUGUAGCUUCAUCCGUAGUGUUGGAGCCAAUGGUGCCAGUGGUAUUGUCGCCGUUAUUAUUAUUAUUGCUAUCAGACAGCUUGGAGCGGCGGCUCUCUCUUGUGAUAUUCCUCGACCGUUAGUCACAGGCCAUCUGGGCCCGCUGCUAUAUCGCGCGAGGUACGAACAUCGCAGAAGCGACGUCUAAACGCGGCGAUCUUGUGGCGCCGGUGACGAAUACCGCGCACCGCCUUCCUUUGUCUGCUAGAAGUGGAGCUCGAAUGAAGUCCUGCUACUAUCUGCUAAUAAGACCUGACUGCAUUCCUUUUCUUCAGUGCGGUUUAGGCUGGACUAGCCAACAGCCAGGCAACUGUACAUCUUUUUAGAUACAAUCAACGUUUGAUGAUCAAAACCUUAGUCGCUGUUCGCAUGCGACUGAGUUUGUUUCAUCGUGAUGUAGUCCCCGUUAAUAAACUAUAGCACAGGAAUAAGUGUGAAUUUUGGUACGGUAAAUUCCAACCGCUGACACAGUCGCCUCAAAUAGAACGACGAGAGAGAAGCACAAGUGGGGUAUGCUAUGCUACGAGAGAACGACUACUAUGAUGAGUAUGUAAAAAAAAAAAAAGAGUAUUGAUCUCGUCAUGAAAAACAAUUGUGCUUGGGGCAAGCUUCUUCUAGAGCCAUUCGGCUUACGAGAAGAAGCGGCCGGCACUGGAAUUGGAACUGCCGUACACAGACCUUUUUCCCUAUGUUAAUUAGCUGUAUUAUUUCUGUAUUUGAAUAUGUCUUUUAUAAACUUUGUUUUACUGCUUUUUAGUUCUAACACAGUGUAGAGUGAGUGGUUGUUUUGGUUAAGGCCAGUACCGUAUUGGCCAACAGCAAUCUUUCCUGAAGCCGGAUCCAGCGUUUUCAGAAGGAGCCAAUCAAGUGAUUUGGCGAUCGCUCACUGUGCGCACGUACUUCCCUAUUAUUUUCCUAGUCCUUUGGACGCUAACAGGACGACCUAGCGAGAAAGGUUACUUUGCGGAGCCAGUGUCAGCGAUCCUUCAUUUUUAUUGACUCGUCCUUUUUUUCGAGAUUUGUUUGAUCGGAUUACCUGCUCAUUAGAUAUUCCAAGGACCUUUGACGUUCUCUUCUUUAAUCAAUCUGAAGUCUAGUCUUGUACCUCAUCCUUGCGUCCGUCCCCGCAGCAUCGUUGUAGCAACCACUUCGUUUUCUUUAUGGCUUUCAGCCAUUCGUGUCUUUUGUUGCAUGUGGCGGUACCGUCGACUGUGACACCGCUGAACGGUUAUUGCCUCUGCACCUUUUCUGCAUUUUCUGACUUUUCCUUUCCUAAUAUUCUGCUCGUACGGCCGUUACCGCUUUUUCUCGUGCUAUCACCGAGCUUUCGUUUACAAGCAAGCAUCAAGUUAGGCUGUGGUGAGUUAGCCAGCCAGCAAGUCGUUACUUGAUUCGUUGUUGAAUUGUCCGUUCGUCACGAUUUCUGUGCCAUCAAGCGUUCGUAUAUCGUUCGGACAGAGAAGGGUCUGUCCUUUCGUCCAUAUCCUUAAUAUUUUUCCUUUGCCUUCGAUGGCUUACUGGCGCCAAGCACACGGCCAGGCGAAAAGAAGGUCUCCUUUGCUUCUUCGCUGGUUGUUUCUUGUUCUUCAUCCUCGUUUGAUUCUUGAACCUUUUUUCCCUUUUCUCGCUCGUACUUUUUCGCCCGCUCUUUUUGCCGUCUGCUGUUGGCCGGCUCCUACGGCCUGCGCAACGCAUUCAAUUGUGGCGCUGCAUCGCUGCUGAUUCCCCAUACGUUGAUUGGCCCUUCCGUCGGUCUGUCCAUCGUUCCUUUGCCAAUUGCUUCACCGCCUCGGAAGCAGCAGCUUAACACGAUGAUGACGGUAAAGAAGGGGCUGCCGAAUUCUGUCGUAGUGCCGCUUGCUCGCUCGAGUCGUACCCGCGUGCUGCUGUAGCUAAGCACCGGCGGACCAUGCUAGCAAGCUUGCUGGCGCUCGUUGACGGUGAAGUCGUCGCAGAAAGGCUAGCGAGUACCUGUUCGAUCGAUCUCCUUUUCACUUGACUCGACGGCCACUUGGGCAACGUAAGCGCUGGCAGCAAAUGUAUCGCUACGUAGCGAUACAUUUGCUGCUAGAGCGGCUUUCUUUGCUAUUGCGAUGAUGUUGUUGUCAUUGUCGAGUCGCUUUCCCUCUUUGGCAGACCAAGGUUUCACGGCGUCUGACUAACGCGGGCCUCAUGGAGGCUACCGACACGCGUCCCCAUCGGACGUGAACGGCGAGCUGGCCACCCUAGUGGCCAGGCGUAACGUUUAAAAACUGACUACUACUACUACUACCCUACCAUUUGGUGGAGGGUGUGGGGCUAUAUUAUAGCCUUGGAAGCGGCGGAGGGGUGGAUCCUGGCUGGCAUUCGGUCGGGCACCCCCUACCGACUUUUACGUGCAAUACGCCACGCAAUAAUAGAACAGCUGCAGCAUAAUGCAUCUGUCAACUGUGAUAUUCCUAUCGUUCCUCGUGCUUGGGGCAUUCUGCCUAAGGCCAACGAGUACGAGGGACUCUCUGUACGACUCGCAGGGCCUCGACGGGAUAGAUAGCGCCCUUACAAGGGACCCGGAUCUCGACUUCAAAAAAGGCAAGAUAUGCAUCGGAACUUCAGGAAGGAUGUCGGUUCCGUCGAACCGGGAGCAUCAUUACCAAAAUCUGCGCGAUCGAUAUACCAAUUGCACUUACGUUGACGGCAAUUUGGAGCUUACGUGGCUUCAGAACUCUUCGUAUGACCUGGAUUUCCUGCGCGACAUCCGAGAGGUUACCGGCUACGUCUUGAUAUCGCAUGUCGAUGUACAAAAGAUUGUAUUGCCGUCACUUAUGAUUAUCCGUGGUCGAUCUUUGUUUAAACUCAACCUUGGUGACGAACAGUAUGCCCUAAUUGUGACUCUAUCAAAGAUGGAAAACCUAGAGAUGCCAGCACUUCGCGACAUCCUUCGAGGAUCGGUUGGCUUCUUUAACAAUUAUAAUUUGUGUCAUAUGAAAGAUAUCGACUGGGAGGAAAUCUUAUCGGGGCCCCAAUUUAAAAUGGUCCACCAGUAUAACUUCACCCAUCCUGAACGUGAAUGUCCUGCUUGUGACCCUACGUGCAAAGGCGGAUGUUGGGGUGAAGGUGCCCAUAACUGUCAAAAGUUCUCUAAAAUAAAUUGCUCUCCACAAUGUCAUCAAGGCCGGUGCUUCGGUCCUAAUCCGCGUGAGUGCUGCCACCUUUUCUGCGCAGGCGGAUGUGUCGGCCCUAAGCAAUCCGACUGUCUUGCUUGUCAAAACUUUUACGACGACGGCGUAUGCAAGCAAGAAUGUCCGCCCAUGAAUCGCUAUAAUCCUAUUACGUACUCAUGGGAGACAAAUCCCGAGGGUAAAUAUGCCUACGGAGCGACUUGCGUCAAAGAUUGUCCUGAACACCUUCUCAAGGAUCUUGGCGCAUGUGUCCGUAAUUGUCCACCAGGCAAGAAAGCUCACAAUCGAGAAUGCGUUGCUUGUGAUGGUCCUUGUCCAAAAAAUUGUCGCGGCACUCAGAUCGUAACCUCCGGGAAUAUCAAUGACUUCAAGGACUGCACUAUCAUCGAGGGUUCCAUAACGAUCCUUGACCAGACGUUUGCCGGAUUCCAGGAAGUCUAUCCCAAUUUCACUUUCGGACCUCGCUAUCAGGAAAUGGAUCCUUCCGUGCUCGAGGUGUUCAGUACCCUGAAGGAGAUCACCGGCUUCAUUAACAUUCAAGCGACGCAUGAAAACUUUACCUCGCUGCACUACUUCAGAAAUUUGGAGGUCAUUGGAGGACGCGAUUUGACCGAAUACUUUUCGGCAUUGUAUAUCGUCAAAAGUUCAUUGAGAUCGCUCAACUUACGAAGUUUGAAGCGUAUCCAAUCGGGCGGUGUCGCCAUCCUAGAGAAUAAAGACCUUUGUUUUGUUGACACAACGGAUUGGAAGCAGGUGAUGAAAUCCACCACGGGGACGAAACUGCUUCAAGGUAACGCAAAUUCAACCACAUGCAUGCAGAAAGGAUUGGUAUGCCAUUCACAGUGCUCGACAAGUGGGUGCUGGGGCCCCGAGCCAUCAGAAUGCCUCAGCUGCCGGUCGUACCGCCUUGAGGAUACGUGCGUUGACCGCUGUGAUCCUAGUCAGGGUAUUUACGACGCUGGGAAUAGUCUCUGCAAGCGGUGUCACGCAGAGUGUGAUGGUUCAUGCACUGGACCCGGGCCGGACCGGUGCACAAAGUGCAUGAACGUUCGUGACGGACCUUACUGCGUUAGCAAAUGUCCAAAGACAAAAUAUCAACAAGACGAUGAAUGUCUGCCUUGCCACGAGAACUGCAUCGAUGGUUGCACUGGCCCAGACAAUACGAUUGGGUCUCGGGCGUGCAAUUCGUGCGAAAAAGCGAUUGUCAGCCCGAACAACCCGAACGUGCUGGAGCAGUGUCUCAAAGUCGACGAGGCCUGCCCCGAGGGCUAUUACAACGAAUAUGUACACCCACAGGAAGAAGGUGUGCUGAAAUCGCUCACCGGUAAACAGGUCUGCCGAAAAUGCCACGCACGAUGCAAGAACUGUACUUCAUAUGGCAUACAUGUUGCUGUCUGCGAAUGCCUGCACUACAGUAAUGGCGAACAAUGCGAGGACCACUGCCCUCGGGAUCACUACUCGGAUGAACAAAAUCGUCGGUGUGAACCAUGUCACACCGAGUGCCGUGGUUGCUCUGGACCAUGGCCGAGUCAGUGCACUAACUGCAGAAACUUUCGAAUUUAUACGAACGUUAACCAGACGACGUUCAACUGCACUUCGAAUUGUCCUACAGAAAAACCGUUCAAGGUUUACGAUCUAGCCAACGAGCCAUCAUGCUCUGAUGAGGAUCCUAAAAAAAAUUUAAAUUACGCCGGAAGCGCUGAAGACGAUAAUUUCACCAUGACCCUGAUCAUUCUAUCCGUGAUAGGCUUUGUCGGAUUACUGGCAUGCGUUGCUGUCGGAUGCAAGCAUUAUCAGAGUUAUAAGCAUCGAGACACCAGCAACAAAAUGGCGCUACGAAUGACCACCAUCGAAGAUGAGCCAAUUCGACCCUCGAACGUUAAGCCUAACCUUGCCCAGUUGGUUGUGGUCAAGGAGGCCGACCUUCGCAAGGGCGGUAUUCUCGGCUACGGUGCAUUUGGAACUGUAUACAAAGGCGUAUGGGUCCCCGAGGGCAACGUCAAGAUUCCUGUAGCUAUCAAAGUUCUUCGUGAAGGCACACAACAAAAUUCCGACAAAGAGAAAGACAUCUUGGAGGAAGCGUUUAUUAUGGCCACCGUAGACCAUCCAAAUGUGCUCAAGCUCAUCGCCGUUUGUAUGACACAGCAAUUAAUGCUUGUUACGCAACUCAUGCCGCUCGGAUGUCUUCUCGACUACGUACGAAAUAACAAAGACAAAAUCGGCUCGAAACCGCUUCUAAACUGGUGUACGCAGAUUGCACGUGGAAUGGCCUACCUCGAAGAAAAGAGAAUGGUGCAUCGGGAUCUCGCACUCAGAAACGUUCUACUUCAUACACCCGGUUGUAUCAAGAUUACUGACUUCGGUCUGGCGAAGCUGCUUGAUACUAAUGAAGAUGAGUACAAGGCUGCUGGUGGAAAAAUGCCAAUCAAAUGGCUAGCACUCGAAUGUAUUCAACAUCGCAUUUUCACGGCCAAAUCGGAUGUCUGGGCUUUCGGAGUGACAGUUUGGGAAUUACUCACGUACGGACAGCGACCUUACGAGCACCAGGCAGCUAGAGACGUCCCUGAUUUACUAGAGAAAGGAGAGCGUCUCCCACAACCGGCGAUCUGCACUAUUGACGUAUAUAUGAUUAUGAUCAAAUGCUGGAUGCUCCAUGCCGAAAGUCGACCCACGUUUCAAGAGUUGGCCGACGAGUUUGCCAAGAUGGCGCGCGACCCCGGGCGAUACCUGGUCGUACCUGGCGAUAAGCUUAUGCGUUUGCCCAGCUACACUGCGCAGGACGAAAAAGAACUUAUCAAGAACCUUUCAAUGCCAAUCGAUGGCGGGCCUGGGGUAAUCAUGGACGCAGAAGAGUAUCUUCAACCUAAGGCAGAAUUACAGGGUGGCGCCGUCGGCGGCGUGAUCGGGUCUGGCACAAACAGUUCGACCAGUGAGCCACCGCCAACACCCAUCAAGAAGUUUAUGGACGACCGAGGAUUCGAGGGCGAUGCGCCUAUCGCUGGUCGCGGCUACCGUCAAGGCAGCGAUGUAUUUGUCUUCCCGCCAGUUAAUCACAAUGCGAUCAAUCAUAGCAAUAACCAUCUGCAUGGUCGCAGCCGCGAGAACAGCCAAUCGUCUUCAUUGCAGUCGAACAGAUUUUCACUGCAGGAAGGAGACGAUGACGCUUUUCAUCCAGCUACCGGCCACUCUAAACGUUCACAGUCAAUGUAUAUGACGAAAUUGCCAGUGGAUGAAUGUGACUACCUGAUGCCAGUCAGCACGCAUAUGCAGCAUCCAAGGCUAUCGUCAGGCCACUACAUGGACCUGAUCAGUGGGCCAGCAGGACCUCAUCGGGCUGUUGACAAUAUGGAAUACCACAUGAUGGCUAAUGGAGGCACACCGGUACCGCCUCAUUCAGCUGGCUUACCACCGGCCCACAGCAUUAUGACAGGAAUGCCCCUGAACGGUGUGGGGGCAAUGAGCAGUAUGGUUGGCAUGCCCUCUUAUAACGAAGCUGCUAUAGGCAAUCUUAAACCACUCCGAAGGCCUUACCAGAAUGGAAGCAGUGUGUUAAUGGUACCAUCAAGCCGAUUUGCGCACCCCGACCAAAACCAAGUGAGCAGUCUACCUUCACCUUUGCACGCGCCCGUUAAACCUGCUCGACGAAAAUCCGAAGAUGAGAUUUCAGCGGAAGCUGCUCGCGAGUACUAUAACGACUUGAUGAGGCCCGAACGCCAUUCGCGAAGAACCGAUAGCACUAAUAGCGAGACGACAGUUUGACUCGUUGGCCCUGUUUCUCGAACACAUUCAGGUUGUUGAUACUAGCUGAAAUGAAUUGUCGUUCUUGUAUGUGUGCGCGCAUGCACGAAAUCACAACGACAAAAAAAUGGAAACAAAUGUAACGUAGGAGAAGGCGAAGGAAGAGAUAUAUGCCAAUUCGUACAUAUUAUACAUAGAGCUGACAAAAAUUAUACAGUUCUUUUUGCAGAUUAGGUUAACAUAUUAAAAUGCCUAUUGACUUGUACAUAAAUGUCGAGUGAACGAAAGACGAUAAGAGAUAGAGAUCCGUCGUGUGAACAGGCGGAAGUUAGCUUUUUGUUGGAUUUCUAUUUAAUUCUACUGAUAACAGUAGUCGUAAAAAUGGUUAGUACUUUAGCUGAGAAAAAGAGCGCGAGUGCCACAAAUACGUUGAGGGAACAUCGAUAAUACCUAGUUAUCGGUUAAGUAUUAGGACUAUACCUGUUCUAAUGGACUAAGCUGAAUUAUAGACUCAUAGACUGACUUAUGCGUUACUUAAGGGUCUAUGAAUCGACUAGAACCCUUGAAAAUCUCAGUUAAAUGUUAAUAUUAAGAAUUAUGUUUACUUACGUUAUGGCAGUAGUUCCGGAGAACUAUUUGACCUAAUCACGUUAAAAAGUACCUGUAAAAUCUUUUUAGUUAUAUUUUCUUCAAUGCUAAACCGACAAUGCAGCGUCGAUCGGACACACCGGUAAAAGAAAAAAAGAUCUUACAACAUCUGACAGGAACUCGUCUCGAAUACAUUAGAUGCAGGGAACUUACCGCUAGCCGAUCAUGCUGUAAUUUGGCGGGUCAUGUACAUAACAGAUGAAAGCACUAUAUACCGCAUGAUGGUGAUAACAUCCUGUAUAAAUACACUGUACCGCAUGCUAGAAAUGAGGCGGUCAACUAAAAGUAAAAAUACAAACUGUUUCUAGAAAAUAGUUGGAAGACAAUAAAGGAACAUGCUAUUAGUAGGGGAAACGUAUGUACAUAGCUAGAUGUAUCCCAUCAAACAACGGGAAAGACAUAAAAAAAAACAAUAAAGACGAUAUA